GUUGGCGCUGCGGGAUGCUGUUACCACCGGAGCCGGGCAACUAACCGUCCGCCGCCUCUGCUGAGCACCACCACCGCCGAGAGGGACCAUCACCAAAGAUGACAGCUCCGUCAAACCCAAUCCUUUCAGAACCGCAGGAGAAACGCUUCUUGGUGCUGUUUGACUUCGACGAGACCAUCAUCGAUGAAAGCAGCGACGACGCCAUGAUACGGCUCCUGCCGGGUCAACAGCUCCCCGCCUGGAUGACGGACAGCUUCCGGGAAGGCCAAUACAACGAGAACACGCAGAAGGUUUUGACCUUCAUGGCAGAGCAGGGCGUGUCCAUGGAAUCCAUCCACUCAGCCGUAAAGAAGAUCCCCCCCUCUCCUGGCCUCCUGAAGCUCCUGCAGUAUCUGCAAAGCCACCUGCACGACUUUGAGCUGGUGGUGGUCUCCGACGCCAACACGUACUUCAUCCAAACGUGGCUCGAGCAYGCCAACGUGCGUCACCUCUUCAGGAAGAUUUUCACAAACGCUGCCCGUUUCGGCGCCGCGGGCGAGCUGGCGCUGCUCCCYUUCCACUCGCACUCGUGCUCCCGCUGCCCCGACAACAUGUGCAAGCAAGUGAUCCUUCGGGAGUAUUUGGCGGACCGGCAAACGGAGCGAGGYGGCGCUACGUUCCAGAGGGUGUUUUAUAUCGGGGACGGGGCCAACGACGUGUGUCCUUCUCUGGCUCUGGGGCCCCGGGACAUAGCYUUCACCAGGAGGGACUUCCCCAUGCACAGGCUUCUGGUGGAGAUGCAGCGAUCUGCUCAGUUCAAGUCGAACAUAGUUCCCUGGGUCUGUGGUGAGGAUAUAGUGGACAGUCUGGAAAAAAUAGUGAGGGAAAGAUGAAACCAGAAAAAUAAAAGAAAAGAAAAAACUGAAGUGAGGGAGUAAACUGAUGCAGUUACUGGUGCAUGAUGUUAUCCUAGCUUCAGUUGCACAGUUUAUAAUAAUAAAAUCAAACUAAUCUAUGCUUGAUAGAAAAGAAACACAUUUUAAAGAAUGAGGGAUGGCCUAAAGUCAUAUUCCAUCCUAUUUAAAGUGGGGUUAUGUGUAAGUUUAGGUUAUGAAGAAUUUAUAAAUUGCYAAGUGUUGCUAGUGUUGUAGUGCUUGAGACUGGUCUUGGUCUUAAAAUGAUCACGGUCUUGUCUUGGACUCAGACAUUGAGGACUCUUGAGGAUUUUAUUUCAAGACCAGUCAAGACCACAACUGUGGAAAUAUCACUAAAUCACCUAAUGUCUAAUUUAUUUCUUAACAUCCUUGUUUUCACUGGAUGUAAAACGUACUGAUUCAAAUCCAAGCGUGACUCAUUGCUAAUUAUGUAUUAUUGGUACCAUCAUCCCUUUUAYUCGCAUGCAGAACUCUAAGACAGUGAGCAUUGGUUGUCUGGGAGCAGGAGAAGAUGUCUGCAAAUUCUACAGUAGUUCAUAAAGAAUAUAUUUGUAAAAUGAUAUUCAGAAGAUAGCAUUCCUUUACGGUGGGGACUACGUCAAACUUUURUCCUCACUUGUAGGAAGCACAAAGAAAGGUAAGCAGCUGAUGUUGGCAAAGCUAACUAGCCAACGUUAGCAAUCCGCCUCUGUAGCAAAACUCUUUACCCGGCCCACACGAGAUUUAGUCAAUAUUAGCCGUACAGAAUUCUGUACGUUUUAGGACACUAGUUUCGAGUUUUAUUUAUUUAUUUAUUUUGUUUCUGGUCUUGAUUGAUUUGAUUUUGAUUUAUUGAUUUAACAGGAA